UGUCGCCUGCUAUCUUCCCCAAGCGAUCAUCACCUGGUGCCGACAAUUCCUCGUCCCCCAUAGCCGACGUCGGCGAGUUGCAUCUUCAGAUCGACGAUUCAUUGGAGAUUGAUGAUCUACCAAAAUCACCGUCGAUUUCCUCGACAAUCACCACAAGGUUGCAAUCCACCACCGUCUUCCUCAAUCGUCAACACGGGUGCUAGUAUUAUAUCAACGGAUUAUUACAAUUAUGGAUUCUUCGGUGCGAAAAUCAAAUCGCCAACGAAGUACACCGCAGGAAUCGUCUUCGCGUUUUACGUAAUUUCUGCCUCAGGAGCUGUUAAACAUGAAGAUGUUGUGGAUCAGGUAAAAAAAAUGUUCACAAAGCUCUCAGCCAAUCCCAUGACUACACCACAGUUAGUAGAAAAGGAGCCUGCAAUCUUCACUGGAUCAGAGAUUUGGAAGAAAUUGUGGUGAAUAUUGAAGAGGUGGAAAAUGAUAAAUUGAAGAAAAUAUGGAAAUAUUGACACGAAAACAUGAAAAUGCUUUGAAAUUUUGUAGCAUUUUUUGUUUUUUAUAUUUUAUAUUGUAUCGAAUAAAAUACUUAU